CAUGAAAAGGAAAAAGGGCACACGGCGUUACAUGGGACUUUUGAUGGUGAUGCUGACGAUCGUUAUUGGCAGAGGUCUACAAGUGGACCCAAUGGGGAACCUGGUGGAAGCAAUGAUAGAUCACAUCAUCGGGUGCCACCUGGUUCUCCUCACCACUACACCUCAUUCGCCUCUACUUUCUGCGAUAUGCAGAUCAUUUGACGUGGGCGUUGUGGUAGUAGCAAGUAACGUUCCCUUUGACGAUCAACUCGUAUUAGGUAUGUGGGGAGAUUCCACCACCACUUGCCGCUCCAUUAUUCUUCACAUCGGCGAUGAAAGCAAAAGUGUUGAGUAUGCUGACGUUCAUGACGACGAUGUGAGGCGGCCGAAAAAAAAUAACGGUAGUAUCAUCAGUAUUGCAAGCAAACAUAACAUCGACAAUAACAGUGAUUACAACAAAAGAAACCACAUCACCAACAGGAGCAGCAAUAACAUAAUCCUUGCUCUUAGUUUAUUGGAACGAGCAGGGUUGUGGAAACUUCCGGAGACACGUGUUAUUGUGGUAGGAAGCAAGACAGGAGGCGAGUCUAUUCUCCUGCACCACGCCUUCCGCAAUACAAUAUAUGGAGUUUAUUUGUCUCUCACCUACCAACCUGUGCCUCGGAUGCUAUUUCAUAUGUAUGCAGGGCACAAUCUUCUUCACAGUGUGCCAGCAUUUUCAAGUUACAAUAAUGAGGUCGUAGGAUACUUACGGUGCCUCUUCUGCAAGGACGGCCAAAAAGAUGUUCGCUUCUCUUUUAAGAUGAACAUUUCUUCCUCAUCUAUAGAGGACACAACUAGUUUUUUUCAAAAAGAUAAUCUGCAAGAUUUCAAAGGUCACAAGAUGAAGAUCGUGUCAGUGUCGCACUUUCCAUAUGUGGACUUUACCUUAGACACUAACCUCCCAGGAAGUACAGUCACUCUCAAGGAUUCUGUGGAUGCUCGGCUCAUCAUCUCACUUUCCGAAAAACUAAAUUUCACCUAUGUUGUGCGUGAAGAGCCUGAACGAGCUUUUGGUCUGGUGAAGAAUGGACAAUUCGACGGCAUCAUGGGUCAGCUGCAGAGAGAAGAAUCUGAUUUUUCCACGCUUACUGGACCAACACCCAGCCGCAUCAAAGUGAUGGAUUAUGUUCACAGUUACCCGCCUGAUAAGAUUACGAUAACGUCAUUGAAGCCAUCAUAUCUUCCACAACACUUGGCAAUGAUCAGACCCUUCACAGGAGGAGUAUGGUUAAGUAUCGGAAUCAGCGUUGUUGUUUGGGGGGUGAUUUUUUGGCUGCUUAACUUAGCAGGUGCUCGGAUUGUUGGAGUGCAAGACGUGGGGCUUAGCAUUUCCCUCUUGUAUGGAUGGGGCACUCUUGUAGAGCGACCUCCAGUUCAGCCUUCUGUUACUGUGUCUGUACAGUUGUUGGCAGGAUGGUGGCUCGUAUUUUGUCUUAUAAUCUGCACUGGUUUCAAGUCCUCAUUGAUUGCUCACCUCACAGUCCAAGGAACGUCAACACCCAUGGAGACUUUGGAAGACUUAGUGGAAGUAGAUAACUGGAGAUGGGGCAUCGCCUCCUGGCUCCUUAAAGGAAUUCCCCGUGAAUAUUUUUCAAAACAUACUGACCCAAUUGUAAAAGAGGUGUAUAGGAAUAUGGAGGCAAUAGAUGCAGACCUCGCUCUUAAAGAGAUCAAGAGUGGGCGCUAUUCUCUCUUUCACUUUGAACGAUACAUCACCAUUAUGAUUGCAUCCUACUAUACUGACGUCCGUGGUCAAACUCCCUACUUCAUUAGCAAGAAAGGCAUAUCUCUUACGACAACAUUUGGAUGGAGUUUCAGAAUUGGGGCACCAUAUACCGUUCGUUUUCGGUCAAUGAUGCACUAUCUUGAGGAUACGGGAAUCACCAGUUACUGGAUGCGGGACGUGAUAGCCAUGAGGGUCAAGGAAAACAGAGAAGCAAUGAAGUUGGACAUUAGUACAGAACAAAUGGAAACAGUGUCUGACGAACGCGAAGUGGUCUUGGGUUUGCAGCAUAUGCAGGGAGCAUUUUACGUUUUAUUCUUGGGCUGCGGGAUAGCAACUGUGAUGCUUCUGAUCGAAGUGAAUGUAUUAUCAAAAGAAAAAACAUGAGUUGUCUUUGUGUAUUCAGAAGUAAUAUAUAAUUUGCUUUACCAUACCUGAAGUGUAUUUUAUUUAUUUAUUUUUUUUUCUGCUCACAAAACAUAGUAUGUUCACCU